AGCAGUUCAGGGUUUUGUAACACAUGAGUGUAGUACGACUACGCACACAGUCUAUUCCCACUCAUCUCCAGAGCUGAAUGUGGUGAUUACAUGGGACCAGGCGCGUGUAGACGGCGUGGUUUUUUCCCCGUGACGCAUUUAAUGUAGCUUUAAUGUAACAGACAUGCUGAAAUGGUGAGAAAGUAAGAAAGGGGUGUGUACUGUUUAUCAUUCGGGAAGCGUGAAAUAUACGGGUUCGAGCCACCAGAUAGACACCAUCGGAGCUGAGAGGAGAGCAUGGAGUUGCAGUCAGUGCUGCUGACCACCGGCGCGUCUGUGGGCUUUUUCAGGCUGGUAAACCGAGGACUUGGUAAACUCUAUGUACCAGACACAGCUCAGAGGAAUAUAUGGAAAUGGAGAAACAUCUCCACCUCUUUCGUACACAGCCUCAUCACUGGAAUAUGGGCUGUGCUUUGUUUUUAUAUGCAUCCCCAAAUGGCUGAAGAUUUGAUAGAAACACACUCCGUCUUCUCCCAUGCUUUGGUGUGUGUAUCAAUUGGAUACUUCAUAUAUGACUUCUUUGACAUGGUUUUCAAUCAGAAGAUCAACCAGUCAUGGGAGCUCCUUUUCCAUCACAUGGUGGUGAUCUCCUGCUUUGGGCUUUCAGUGCUGACGUGUCGCUAUGUGGGCUUUGCGGUCGUGGCCCUGCUUGUGGAGAUCAACUCCAUCUUCCUGCACCUGAGGCAGAUGUUGCGGAUGGCCAGUAUUGCCAAGAGUACAGUGUACCGUGUAAACAGCAUGAUUAACCUGGGCACGUACGUGGUGUUCCGCAUCAACACGCUGGCAUGGAUGACGCGCUGGUUGGUCCUGAACCGCGAUCACAUCCCUCUUUUCAGCUACACAGUGGGCAGCGUGGGUCUGGCCAUCAUGACCCUCAUGAACAUUGUUCUGUUCUACCGGUUGCUCCGUACUGACUUCCUCAAGUCCAGCCGGGAGAAAGAGGUCAAGAAAGACAAGGACAUGUAAUAGGAGCAGGAAAGCACUCUUAUCUAUGUCUGAACUACGCUAACUUCACCCAGAGCCUCAUGUUCCACACCUUGCAGAUGCUGGCAUCUGAUGACAGGUCAUUCUGUUUUAUACCAGUCUUCUAAUGAAAUUCGCCUUUAAACUUCUACGCAUUUAGAAGUAUAAUUAGUUAGGAGAAUUACACUGAAAGCUUGUCACAAGCUUAUGAUAAAAUAUCUAAUAAAGUGAUGCACCAAACCAUUAUACAAUGCUUUAGUUAAAGCUGAAUUAAACUGCACCAUUUACUGUUAAAUACAUUUGUUAACGAUAAACUUAAAAGUAUAAUUGAACUAAUACAUACAUAAACUAACAAUACAUUUACAAUCCCAUAGAUAUGCCUCGCAGGGACCUCAUGAAGGUUUGUUUAGCCUUUUUAACACCUACCUCUGCUAUCUCAUAAUCAUGUAGCAGUUAGACAGUUAGCCUUCUCUUAGCUCCAUCUGUGUGUUCAGGACCCGUUAGCGGUUCUAGCAGAGUGACACAGUUUUGCCUGUUUGCCUACAUAAUACUGACCAGAGGAAAAAAAAAAUCAAUAAAUAAUGUUGCUUGUAAAAAUGCUUUAGAUCAGGCUUGGCUGUUGAACUAUGAUUGCAGGGCUGCUUUAAAAAUGUCAUCAGUCUCAGUUGAUGCAGGACGAACACCUCAAUGCUGGACUUAAAUCCUCUCCUUCUCUUCCACAAAGCACUGACAUAGUGCAAUAAGUCUGAUGAUGUCUGAUAAAUUUCACAGUUUGGUAGACUGUUGACUGUAACUAUGACCUCAUGGUAGCUGUAUCUGAACGUUCUCAGUGUAUUAAGAGGAAACUGUUAAAACUGUACCCAUACUGCGAAAUGUCAUUUUGUAUGUCGUUUUGUAUGUUUGUUUCUGUAUGAACAUUUAGUAUAUUUUUGUAAUUUAUUUUUACUCAAAUAUCAUUUAAAUGUCAUACGAAAAUGGAUUUGUUGCUGAAAAAUGUUGGUCACAGUAGAAAAUAAUGGAUAGUGUCUUUUUUUUAAACAUGUUUUGAAAUAUACAGCGGUCUACAGUGAACCACAGUCUACAGCGGUCUACAGUCCACUGCUUUUUUGUUAUCCCUAUUUUGAUGUUUUACAGUGUGUUGUUUGAUGGUAUAGUUUAAAAACUCUAAUCAUAUGUUAAGAGGUUGUGUGUAGAGUUCAUACUGGCUGUGUCAGUGUUGUGAGGCAGUUACAUAUCAUAACUAUGUAGCAUACCAGUAUGUGCCACACUUCAAAAUGAACGGUUUCAAUUAAAAUUACACAAAAACUACACUUUAAUUUCACUAAAAACUGUGUUCUUGGAGAUUUGCCUCCUGGCCAAGAUAAUCUCCAAAUGCAAAACUGUGAAAAACUCUCAAAAUUGCAUUCAGCUGGUUAGUUGGGGUAGAUGAAGACAUUUAAUGUUAAAAACUAAAUAUGUAAGAAGGAAUCUCAAUAAUAAUAAUAAGGAACUUAUAAUCAUUAUUAUAAAUGAAUGAACUCAAUUAAAGGAUGCAUAAGAUGUAUAAGAUGAGAAAUUUGUAUUGUUAUCUUGAGGCUUAGGGUGUAAUGAAGCUUUGAGAUUUGAGCUUCAGAUUGUGCUCUUGUGAGAGAUCAGAUUCUUGUUGCAGGUAGUGAUACUAAUUUCAUGAAAUGAAAGUGUUAAGGUAGGAAUGUUUUUUAUUGAAUUCUAUGAAGUGCAGUUCUAUAUUAUGCAGUAAAAAUGUACUGUGGUUAUAUUGUGAAGGAAUAUUAAGUAGUGCGUUGUCACAGUUUCCAAAGCCAUAGGUGAUAUCAAAGUGGUUUACUUGUGUAAGUGAUAGGAAAACUGUAACACUUUGAUUAGCAUAUCAGCAUUCAGCACUACUGCAUGUGCUCCAGAGUGAAAAGGACAAGCUGAAUGCACUGCUGUUGUCCAGUCCCUCCCCAUAUGUCUUACAAUUAAUAUGAUUGUGUUUAAAUUGUACAUAACACAUAAUUAUAUUUUCGUUUGUAUAAAUUGAUGGUUUGUAAUUAAUAAAGUAGCAAUUUAUAUAUUUUCUUUUCUUGUUAUGUGAAAAUAAAGCAGUAAUCCUUGCCA